AUGUUGACGAGCCUCAGCGUUGGAACGCCGCAGAAUCCGUGGCUGCAGGCCAACAUAACUUCCAAGUUGGCGGUGAAGAAUCCCAACUUCGGUGGCUAUGACUACCGCAACACCACCCUCGACUUCUUCUACGAGGGGGCUUUGGUGGGCCAGGUUCCCAUCCCCGCCUCCGGGGUUGCCAAAAGAUCCACCAAGACGAUGAUCCUUAUCGUGCCCCUUUUCUUGAACGCCGCUAAGCUCUCGGCGGAUUUGAGCCAGGGGGUGGUGCGGAUCACGAGCUCGGCUGGGAUGAGAGGGAGAGUCAUCGGCACGGAGAGAUCGACUAAUUAUUUGAUAUGCGUAAUGCAAAUUAUGACGGCUACGCAGAGCAUUGCAAAUUUACUCUGCCAAUGA